AAUCAUAUUAUUAUUUGCCCAUAGCAAGCUGAUAACGAUAGGGUUGCACUUACAGCAUCAUGCCCUCAUUUUGGCAUUUCCCUAAAAUAUGUGUGAGUGUGAUGUAUAUAUAUCCCAACAAGCAGAUUAUUGAUCACAAAACAUUAAAAAUAUGCAGAGCUUCCACGAAUUUCUAUUAGGCCUAAUACUUAUAGGCUAUAAGUUAUAGCUGCAUUAGCCUUGCUCUCAAGAGUGAUCUUCAAACGGCCCUCGCAACGAAAACUUCCACCGGGGCCGAAGCCAUGGCCGAUAAUAGGCAACCUAAACCUUCUUGGUUCUUCACCACACAGAUCUCUUCACUCUCUCUCCCAAAAAUAUGGUGAAAUAAUGCUCCUAAAGUUUGGGAAAUUUCCAGUUUUGGUAGCAUCAUCACCUCAUAUGGCCAAACAGUUCUUAAAGGUGCAUGAUGCGAACUUCGCCACAAGGCCUUCGCUUGCUGCUGGUAAAUACACUGCCUACAAUUACUCGGACAUGACAUGGGCGCCUUACGGCCCUCACUGGAGACAAGCGCGUAAAAUCUUCCUCUCUGAGGUGUUCAAUGCAAAGAGGCUCGAAUUCUUUGAGCCCAUUCGAGUUGAGGAGAGGCGUAUCUUCCUAUCCCGUUUGCAUUCCCUGUCAGGAAAGCCAGUAGUGUUGAGAGAUCAUUUAUCAAACUACGCGCUGUCCAACAUUAGUAGGAUGGUGUUGAGAAACAAGUACUUCAGCGAAACAGAAGAUGAUCAUCAUCACAACUCCAUUUUCAAGCUUCAUGAGUUGCAAGGAAUGUUGGACGAGUGGUUUUUGCUCAAUGGAGUGAUCAAUAUAGGAGAUUGGAUUCCUUGGCUUAGUUUCCUCGAUUUGCAAGGGUAUGUUAAAAGGAUGAAGGAAUUGCACAAGAAACUGGAUAAGUUUAUUGAGUUUGUGAUUGAUGAUCACCAAGGCAGAAGAGCUGCAGAAAAGGGCUUCCCCCCGAAAGAUGUGGUAGACAUGUUAUUGGUAAUGGCUGAGAAACCUAAUCUUGAGGUUAAACUCACAAGAGAUUGUGUUAAAGCAUUAUUGCAGGACUUGCUAAGUGGUGGUACGGACACCUCGGCUACAACAAUUGAAUGGGCUAUGAACGAAGUAUUGAGGCAUCCUGGAGUAGCUGAGAAGGCGAGAGAAGAACUAGACAGAGUAAUUGGAAGGAAGAGAUGGGUAGAAGAGAGCGACUAUUCUGAAUUGCCUUACAUAAGUGCCAUAAUUAUGGAGUCAUGGAGGUUGCAUCCACUAGCUCCACUGCUAGCACCCCAUUGCGCGAUGGAGGACUGCAAAGUUGCAGGAUACGACAUACAAAAAGGGACACAGGUGCUCAUCAACACAUGGAGCAUAGGGCUGGAUCCCAACGCAUGGGAUGCCCCUCAAGAAUUCCUGCCAGAAAGAUUUCUUGGAGAAGAUAUAGAUAUGACAGGAAGUAACUUUUCCUUCCUGCCAUUUGGCUCCGGCAGAAGGAGUUGCCCAGGAUACAAGCUUGGACUCAAAAUUGUUCAAACAACAUUGGCCAAUUUGCUGCAUGGUUUUGAGCUGAGAUUGGUUGAGGGAAUGAGGCCUCAAGAUAUAUGUAUGGAAGAACUGUAUGGACUUACUGUUCAUCCUAAAGACUCUCUUCAACUUAUCAUGGAACCUAAACUCGCACCCCACCUUUAUCAAGCUCUUAUUGGUGAUGAGUGAAUGUUGCGUUGCAGA